AUGAAUUACGGUACGUCUUCUCCGACAUCCACAUCAGACUCGCGACACAACACGCCUCUAACUUCCGAUCUUCUAGUACCCGACGCUGUCGUGGAGGCCAUCGUAGAUGGCGGCUACCUCCCCGAAUUCCUCCUCCGCCGGGGAAUCCGUGGCCAGCUGCAACAACGCAUCGACAUCAUCAAAACCACCGGCCUGGCCGAGAGCUACGAGACCAAGAUGAAAUACGUCGAGCUGCUCCGAAGCAGACCCAUCGCCAUCGAGACCGCCACCGCGAACCAACAGCAUUAUGAAGUCGGAACCGGCGUUCUGACAAACAUGCUCGGCCCACGGAUGAAAUACAGCGCCUGCCUCUAUCCCAAAGGGACCGAAACCCUCGCACAAGCCGAAAUCGCCAUGCUGGAAAGCUACGUGCAAAAAGCGCAACUCAAAGAUGGAAUGACAAUCUUCGACCUCGGGUGAGUACUUCCCCUAAAAUCACCCUUAUUCCUCAUCACAGCUAACCACCAUCCUCCUUCUCAAAAGAUGCGGCUGGGGCUCUCUCUCCCUCUACCUCGCCGAAAUCUUUCCCAAAGCCCAAGUCGUAGCCUUCUCCAACUCCCGCACCCAGAAAGCCCACAUCGACACCCAAGCAAAAACCAAGAACCUCACCAACCUCGAAGUCCUCACCGGGGACAUUGCCACCUACGACUUCCAAGCCACACCCAUGCAAGGAGCGUUCGAUCGCGUCCUCUCGAUUGAACUAUUCGAACACAUGAAGAACUACGAAUCCCUCCUAUCAAAAGUCGCCACCCUUUUGAAACCCUCCGGAAGACUCUUCGUGCACUUAUUCGCGCACAAAUCCUCUCCAUAUGACUUCGACAGCGGCUGGAUGACAGACCAUUUCUUCACGGGAGGGACGAUGCCUUCUGCGGAUUUAUUGUUGUACUUCCAAAAGGAUUUGAAAUUGGAAAGGCAAUGGUGGGUGAAUGGGAAACAUUACGCGAAGACUUGCAAUGAUUGGUUGAAGACGAUGAAUGCGAAUAAAGGAAAACUGUGGCCGGCCUUGGAGGAGACGUAUGGCAAGUCGGAGGUGAAGAGAUGGUUUUACCGAUGGCAGGUGUUUUACAUGGCUUGUGCGGAGCUCUUUGCUUGGGAAGAGGGUGAGGAGUGGGGGAUUUGUCAUUAUCUGUUUGAGAAACCUGCGCAGGCUUGA